UCCAACUUUCAGUGAAUUGUGAUUUGUGACACAAAACACACGUCGACGAAAAAUUGUUUGUAAUCAUUUUCGCUAGUUUUAUUAUGCCAGUUAUUGUUGUUAAUUGAAUAAAUAAUUUAUUUGAGUGCUUAAAAUGUCUGCAAAAAACAGAACUAAACAAGAAAAAACUGAAGAUGUCAUAGCAUACAGCGAAGGUGCUGUGAGAAAUAAUGCAGCAGUUGUUGAAUACUGCAAAAUAUCAAUGUCCGCGUUAUCCGGCGGAACUGCUGGUUUAUUAGGACUAACUGGUCUUUAUGGUUUUGGAUUUUAUAUCUUUGCUGUAGUUAGUUUAUGGGGAAUGUUAUUAUUUAAAGCUAGAGGAAAUUGGAAGAAAUAUUUUAUCAGUCGUUACAGUUUGCUGACAAAUGGAUUUUUUGGCGGUCUAUUUACGUACAUUUUAUUCUGGACAUUCCUGUACGGCAUGGUCCACGUCUAUUAAACCCUAGAUAAAUUUUGUAAAUAAAUCGCACUUAUAACGAUGUUAUUAUGAGUGACUUUACACUUUUUCACAUUUUGAAUUAUCGAUGUUGAUGUAUAAGAAAAUAAUAUAUUUAAAAACUAUUGAAUAACAUACUAUUUAUUAGUUAAUUCUUUAAUAAUUAUAAAAUUAUUAAUUAUUUUCAUUAUAAUACAUCAAAUUUACAGUUAAUAUGUUUGUAAUUUAAUUAUUAAUUUAUUAUCAAAGAAAAUGAACCAAACACGUCAAUAUGACAAAUUUAAUUUAAUGUUCAAUUUGAAGCUUUGUACUUGGCAUGCAUGUAAUACAGUUAAUAAAUAUCUAAAUGUUUGAAUAA